AGGAUUGGCAGGGAUACGAUACUUCAUCCAUUUUAAAGUAUCCGAGAUUCAGAGCAGAGCAGCAUGACAAAUAGAGAGAAAGAGAAACAAAGAGAAAGGGUGGGUAGUCACUAGUCAUCAGUUCCCAGCUCUCUCGAUCUCAGUCACUCACCUCAAUCACCGCCUUCACACUAGGCGGAAGCUUGCUGGCGCAUCACUCCGACGGAAGACCCUCCGACAAAUCUUGAAGUUGAGAUACAUCUAUGAUCUUUGAAGGUUUUUGAUUAGAAAUUUUUUGUUAUGGCAACGGCAACAUACCCACCACCACCACCUUAUUACAGGCUUUAUAAAGAUUAUGUGCAAGACCCUGAGUCUGCUCCAGAGCCUCCACCACCAAUUGAAGGAACUUAUAUCUGUUUCGGAGGCAGUUACACUACUAGUGAUGUUCUACCAAGCUUGGAAGAACAAGGGGUACGCCAACUCUAUUCUAAAGGACCUAAUAUUGAUUUCAAGAAGGAGCUGAGGUCACUUAAUGGAGAAUUGCAACUACACAUUUUGGAGCUUGCUGAUAUUCUUAUUGAGAGACCAUCACAAUAUGCAAGGAGAGUCGAAGAAAUUUCAACUGUGUUCAAAAAUUUGCAUCACCUUUUGAAUUCACUGCGUCCUCAUCAGGCAAGAGCAACUUUGAUUCACAUUUUGGAACUUCAGAUAGAGCGCCGUAAACAAGCUGCGGAGGACAUAAAUAGGAGGAGAGAAGAAGCUCGAAGAAUCCUUAACGAGUCAUUGGCAACACUUGAUGGCCAUUAAAGCAUAGUUAGUUAUGGUCAAUAAACAAAGACAAUCAUGGCAACCUUAAGGGAAAAUUGCACUAACCUCGUUUAAGGUUUCACUAAAUAACAAAGACACCCCCUCUAAUUUUAAAUUAAGCACCUUAUGGUUAGUUGUUGUUAAUAAACAAACACAAACGAUGUUUUUAUGUUUUGGGUUUCUACUUAUACAAAUUUGAAUCAUGGCUAGUUUCCUUCCUUUUCAUCAAA